UCUCACAAAAAAACUUCUUAUGAACUGGUAUAUGGAAAUAAGUUUUAUGAUAAUUGCUCACUGAUAAAUGAUUUAUUUGAACAACAUAUUUUCAAUGAGGAGGAUAUUCCUAGCACUAUAAAUAUAAAACAGGAUGAUGAAAGUAAAAAUUUGGAUAAUGACCUAAUUAUAGAUAUUUCACCAA